AUGAAGACAACUCUCAUCCUUGUUUCGAUCGUCGCAGUUGCCGUCUUGGCUCAACCACAACAAGGAGGUCAGCCAGGUGGACAGCAAGGACAGGGAGGAUCAACACCAUCUGGAGCUCCAGGAGGAAUGGGAGGACAACAAGGAGGACAAGGACAAGGACAAGGACAAGGACAAGGACAAGGACAAGGACAAGGACAAGGACAAGGACAAGGAGGACAGCAAGGUGGACAACAAGGUGGACAGAUGGGUGGACAACAGGGUGGACAACAAGGAGGAAUGGGUGGAGGACAACAAGGAGGACAAGGUGGAAUGGGAGGACAACAAGGAGGACAACAAGGAGGAAACCAAGGACAAAACCCCCAGAUGGGCUAA